ACAGUUGAAAGAAACGAAUGGAGUAUUGUAGUUGAACAGCUUUUUAAAUUGGUUGAGUGUACGUUAGAGUUUGUCACUGAAGUUUUCAUGUAUUUAGCACUAUUCACUGUGUUGGCUUGUUUAUGGACAUGUCAUUGUUUGGUCGAAAAGGAUGAAGAGCAGGCUCAAGACCAUUGUGGUCUGCUGAAACAGUACCUUGAAGCCUCUACAGUGUCAGUGGAGCUCACCAAAAGGGGGUUUCAUAGAGACUUGAUCAACACUGUUGAGCUCGGACCUGACACACUCGGGGAUGUCAGAGUCUUGCUUGUUCACAGAUGGCCAAGUGGUGUCUACGUAGAUCCAUAUCAACUCGCAUUCAUGAGUGAUCAAAGAGACUGGCAGAUAUUAUUUGAUUCAACAAUUGACCUAGAGAUGCCUGCUCACAAGACUUCAGGAUUUCUUACCUAUAUUUAUCCUUCCUACACUGGACCAACUCCCACGAUCCUAAAAGUAACAAUUCCAGUACAUGGACGCUAUCAUGAGCCUUCUUCUGUUGGAGAAAUGUUUACAUCUGUUUACAUUGAUCAUCCUGAGCUGCUCCUGCGGACAGAAAAGUGUGCACAGCUUAAUUUACUAGAGCCUCAUACUGUCGUGGAUGCCCCAUGCACUGUCAACAAUUCAAGCACCUGUUCAUGGGUUAGGGUCCAUCAACAGCAGGAGCUUGGCCCUUUGAGUUUCCAGCUUCCAGUUGGUGACGGAUCUGCAGUGGUGUACAUAUGCGGAGGAACUCUUUUAGCCACAAUGAUCUGCUGUGCGGCACUGUCCAAAUACAUGUGGAAACAUCAAAUCAUUUAAGCAUCAACAGUCAGCGUAACUUGCGCUAACCAGUUCAUGAUGUUAUACAGUUAUAGCUGAUAUCAGGGUUAUUGUGUUGUAGGUGGGUAAUAAGGUUGUUUCAGGUUUGAAGGAAAUCCAUAUACUCAUGUAAAGCUCCUUUUUGGAAGUUAACAUGUUUGUUUUGGAGAGUCUUCACAUUUUGUUUCAACAAACAAUAUUUUUAAGAAAAUAAACAAACAUGCCAA